CAAGAUGAUGGUGUUGAUGGUCACACAUUAAUGGUGAACCUGAGUCCUACAAAAGACAAAGACUUCUUGCUGCAUGCCAACAACAAGGAAUGCUCUGUGGAGCUACAAAAAUGUGAAAACCCAUGGCCAGAGCAGGCCUUUUUUCUCCUUCAUAAGAAGUCCUCCAAACGUGUUUCAUUUGAAUGUAAGAGCAACCCUGGAAUGUUUCUUGGAGUAAAAGAUAACCACCUUGCUCUAAUUAAAGUAGGGGACCAAACUGAGGAAUCAGGUACAGAGAAUAUCAUAUUUAAGCUCUCUUAAACUUAAUGUGAUAGAAAGCUAUGGAUCUGGGGUUGGGUAGUCCAAAUAGCUACCAUUGGAGAAGGGAUGAAAGAUAAGAGACAAAAACAUUUAAAGGAAAUGGAGAUGCUUAGUAUGCUGUGGAAUGUUUUCCUUAUUAUGUGUAAUUAUUUUUUUUGUAAUCCUUAAGUCAUUUUUUGCUUUUCCUCUAUAUCACUACAUAGGCAAUAUAAGUAUUGGAAAUUAAAUAGGGUAUUGGUAAAGAGACCUGCUAACAUUCUGAAAAGAUACAGCCUGACCUUUACUUUUUUUCUUUCAGUCCAGAAAAAACUUCAUAUUUAGAGCUGAGACCUCUGGGGAAGAAACAAGGGCCUUAGCCUAAGUCUCACUUUAGACAGAGAUUCAUUUUAGAGAGCUACAUAAAGCAUAACUUUUCUAGAUUCCAAACAAUAAUUUCAAAAACUAGCAUUGCUAGUAAAACGUUAGUAAGAUACUACACAGUUUGACUAUUUCAUAAGUGGAAUAGACCCCAAGUCUAUUUGCAGAUGCCCAAAAGUUCAGAUGCCUAUGUGGCUUGGCAGGUAAUAAAAACAUGUGAAAAGGCAAUGAUAAUAAAAAAGUUAAGAAAGAUAAAUCCAAUGUUUGUAAAUUGAAUACUUUUACCUCUAAUUAUUUCAUUUUUGUAGACUGAGUUAACUUUAAGCAAGGCAUUCUUAUAUUAGGAAGAAAAGUUAAUUUUUGUUCAGACAUAAUUGAAAUCAUUAGGAAAAUCUAAUAAACUAAAACAUAUUUUUAAAAAGCAUUGAUCCACAACAUAUGUUAGGGCAUCCCAGUACUAUUGGAUUCAAGUACCAUGGUGGGGCCAGAAGUCCUCUGACCUACUAAAACUUAAAUGGGACAUAGGAUUGAUUAACAUCAUACUUUCAGUAACUGACUAUCCCUCAAAUUUGCAGCAUACCAUGUCCUUCUGACCCUGGCUUCCAAAGAUCUAUGACCUUUAUUCUGCUUCACCAACCUUAUGUUAAAUAACUUUACAAAAAAUUAUUAAUAGAAAUAUUUUUUAUUAACUAUCUUUGCAUUUUACUGUUAACUAAGACAAUAAAAUUUAUACUAAACUAAAUAAUAACAUUUUUUGAAAACUAAAGGAAAAGUUUUUGCUUUUUUUAAAGCCUUGGCAAUUUUUACUACAAUUUUUCAUAGGCUUAAUAUUGACAAUAAACAAUAAACAUAGUAACAGGAUUCUUAUGAAAUAUGACUUUUUUCUGAAAGUAUACGUUUUUCAAUUUCUAAUUUGUUAAGAUCUGUUGUGUAUGAUUUGCUGGUGGAACACAAAAUAAAAGAGGCUGAGAAUUACUGUACAAAGGCAAACAACUGUAGAACAAUGUAUCUUUGUUUUAUUAUUUUGUUAAUAAUUUUAUAUAGAGGCAUAAAAAUAAUAACAGCAGAAUCUAUAUCAUCCCCUCAGAAAAACACUUAAAUGUUGACCAUGUGUGUCUGUAUAAUAUGUUUAAAAUGAUUAUUAUUAAGUAACCAAAUAAAUCUAUUACAUUUUUAAUAUCCUUGAAUAAACUAUAUUUUUCAAAAGGA